AGUUCCUCAGUGUAUUCCGAAGAGCUAACAAGGGCGUUGAUCAGUGUUGAUCUCCGUGCAAGAUAUUCAUUGAAAAAAACUGUGUAACUAGAGAGAGUUCUCCUCUAGGUGGAGAUCCCAAGUGACUUGGUUGCAGACAGAAAGCCAAUAAGAGUGAAAAUCUCGUGAAUAUAUCAGUUAAUUAUCUAUCGCAUAUUGCAUAAAAAAAAACAGCAAACACCUUACUGUGAAAAAGCAAUUUACUCUUGAGAGAAUUGUGAUUUUUUUCCCUGCACACACAAAACUCCUCACACGGAAUAUAUUAAUAUUGGAGUUUAUUUAUUUAUUUUUUCUCUCUGUUGGGCUGGUGCCUGAAUAAUAUAAAGCAUAUAUUCUUCGACACAAUAAUGAUUAUCACAAUACAGCAAGGCUACAAGUUUUACACAACAGUGUAUUUGUCUACGAAGAAUGGAAAAGCGCUUCUGUGAUGACUUCAACACCAAAAGCCGAGUAGUCGCACUUGAAUUGAUUAACACAAGAGCCAGUUUGUGAUCAGCACUCAGACCGUCUAGAUCACGACACAGUGAUCGUCAUCUCGGUUAAAAAAUUGCUCCCCAAUCGAAGAGUGAUCAAGUGUAUAGCAUUUGAAAAAAAAAUAUCAUGGACAUUUAGGGCUUUUGUGAAAAGAGAGGAAGCCCGAAUCAGGAGGACGUGCAAGAACAACCAGAACUCAAUCUCAGUGUCUCAUAUAACAAGUAUCAAAUUCUUAAAAAAAAAGAAAAAUCCUCAAUGGGAGAUGUUUUUUGUGUUUGAUGAAAAAUCUCCAGUGAAGGCAAGAGUGUGACGAAAGGAAAAAAAAAAGAUUCUGUUGUGAGUUACAUUAGAAUUAGUGGAAUUUCAAGAACAUCAGGAAGAAGUGAACAAAACGGAUUUAUAUCAAUCUCUUUCGCAGAAAAACUUAAUGAUAGAAGAUUUUAUCCACUUUUUUUUUUGCGCGACACAAAAAUUUGUAUAAUUAAUACAAAGAAAAAGUAUGUGUCACAGUGUGAUAAAAUGCAAAAUACCUAAUGGUAUAUACUAAAACGAUGUGAUUAAUAGUUCAACUAUGUGAUUAAAAUAGAAUGUUCUUGUGUAUGAAAAUCUGCGACAGAAGGAGACUUUUCCGCACAGGAAUAUUUUCUCAGAAAUGACAUUGGAGCUUAUUUAAAUAUUAAAAGAAAAAAAUUCAGCUGAAAAUUCCUUGGUGAAUUUUAUAAAAUAAAUCGUGCCCAACAAGAAAAAAAGAGCGCCGCUCAAGACACCAAGACCAAGUGAAAGAAGAAAAGCCAUAGAGACGUGGAAAAAGAAACUGUAAAAGUAUCACCUUAAAAUCCAGUGGAAUUUCCUCUAUAUACAAAGCUCUGUGUCGUCAGUGUAAAUAGCAAAGUGUUUGGAGAGCAGACUGUAAUUCAAAGUGAUCAUAAUUCUGUCUAUAGUUCUUUUCUUAUUUCGAAAGUGCUAAAAAACAUCGUCCUCAGCACCACACGCCCAAAUGAAUAAUGAAAAAAAUGUUCCAAUUCCCGAGAGCGACAUCAGCAAAUCCAUUGCUCUUGUUCGCAUUCUGCCUAACUGCACUAUCGCUGUGCACAGCAAAACAUGAGGACAACAACAUUGGGCACCCCAUCAGAAAUAGCCCAGUGAAUCACCAUGAAAAUGUGAUAAUUUCACCAGAAAAUACUUUUUCACAAUCACAGUGGAGCAGUAAAUCCUUAAUUCAGUCAAAUGAGGCGCAACAUGACGAGAAGAUCAUCAAAUCAACCACACAUGAUGAGAGAUCUUCAUCUUCAAAUACCCAAAAAACAUCAUCAUCAGGCACCGGAAGUGCUCCAAUUGGAGUCUCGACAUCACCUCCCCCCCAUCCACCCCUUUUUUCCCAUCGUGACAAUCCACUGCAAAUGGAAAACAUCAAAAGUGCAUUGGAUGAUGAUGUGAGGAAUUCUGCAAUGCCACAUUCGUCACGACAUUUACUCCAGCGACGGGACGUUCGGCAUCUCAAAGAAGGAACAAAAAAUUUAUGCAGCAUUUCUGAAUGGUGCAAAUGUCUCGGCGAUAAAAUAUUGGAUGUUGAGUGUCGUUUGCCCGGAGUGACGAUUAAUUUCAACUCUCAAUUCUUGAUACCAAACGAAGCCCGUUCACUGAAAGUGCAUUUGCAUGCCUCAACUCGUCUACACAUCUAUCAGGGCUUCUUCCGGGACAACGGAAUCAAUCGCAUCCUGAUUGAGGGGCCAGAAGGGAAAAGCACAAGUACUCAUGUGGAAUUUAUGCCAGGCUCCCUACAAGGCAACAAAGGAUCAAAUCCAUCCAUUGAGAUCAUCAAUUGUGGCUCUGUUGUACUCAAAAACGGAACAUUCCACGGUGAUAUUAUGCUAAAUAUCACAAAAUGCCGAAAUGUCGUUGUCAAUCCCGGUGCUUUGUUUGACACAAGUUUCAACAGUGUCUUUGACUCAAUCAGCGAUCUCCGAAUGCAACCAAAUGCCCUAAAUGGCGAAAAGAUAUCGAAGGUCUCCAUUGUCAACAGUCAUAUUGAUCGUCUUGAGAAGAUCGGCAGUAAAAUGACAGGAAUUACCAUUACCAAUUCCACAAUAAACACAAUUGCUUCCAAAGCUUUUGAAUUUCUCGAGUUAAUUUCCGUCGUCUUGGAAAAUACAACCAUCAAUCAGAUCGAAAAGGAAGCAUUUCCGAACAAACUCUUCUGCCGAACAAUGCGUAUUGAAGGUUGCACCAUUGAAACGAUAUCAAGUGAGGCUAUUGCUGAUUGUGGAUUUGCUAAUAUCAUAAUCGAGAGGAAUACAAUAAGAACAAUUGGGGAAAGAGGAAUAAGUGCAACAGCUUUAACUGCCAGUGUAUCUUAUAAUAAAAUUGAGAGAACUAAUCGACAUUGGUUGAAAAUUCAGCAAUUUUCGAGUUUGGACGUCAAUAAUAACUCUUUCGGUCAAUUUAGUUCUAUGAAUAUCCAGGGGAAGUCAUCCGAAGGAAGUUGCACCUUUGCCCGUAAUUCUAUAGUCAAGGCUGAAAGUGGAAGUCUACGCUUACCUCAAGACUGUUUGGUGAAGGAUGUUUACUUCAAGAAUGACUGCAAUUGCAACUUGGAAUGGUUGAAGGUCUUGAAUGCGACUAAUUUGGACAGAAUGAUGGACGUUAGUUAUUGUAGUAUCCAUGAAACCCUUAAGCACUGCUUCAAUGCAACCCUGGCCAAGCUAAGAACCUACUACAAAGAGGUCUGCAGUGAGGAUCGAAAAGAGAUCAAUUGUGCGAAGAAUCAGAAGGAGCCAAAACACGAGGGGAACUUUAUAAAACCUGAAGAUUUUGGGAAACGAAGUGAUAAGGAUAAUUUGAUCUACUACAUUUCAGCAGGAGUAGUCCUCCUGAUCUUCCUCCUCCUUCUCAUUGGGAUCCUUAUCGUCUGGAUGCGAAGGCGUGGAAAACGUCAUGACAGAACGGAAUUGAUAACGCCAACCCCUGAAACUUCCCAUCACAGCGUCGAAAGGGUACCAAAAUGUACGCGACUCUUUUCACCAGAAGAUCGGUUGAUCAUUAGUCAGACACUGGAGAAGAUGAAGAUGAAGCAUCCACCCGAAAAGUACGAUCAAGUUUACAACAACACCCAAAAGUUGUUCAACGGUAGUCUCACCGAAAGCGAAAAGGUCCUAACAAUCGGGGAAAUUGUUACAACUCUGGGAAAAUGUGAAAAUUCCGGCGAAGAUUUUGUCGCCUUCACGGACAUCCUGUACAAACAUCUAGCCCCAAAGGACAACAAUCAAAAUGAUCCCGUCUACGCUGAACCCAAUCUCUUAGUCAGCAAUGACGAUGAUCGCAAUACACAACUAGAUCUCAAUCAUAUCUAUGCCGAACCAAAUAGUGUUCAACAGCCCCUACUUAACAACGAGUAUGCAUUUCCCGUUGAUCGGAACACCGAGUCAGGACUCUACACCGAACCCGUGGUCAGCCCAAGAGAACCACCUCGAAAAUUGAUCAGUCCUUAUGCGAUUGGAGGAACAAAUGUGCCACAGCAGGCAGGAGGAGCAACCCCAACAAAUUUGCCCGAUGUCCUGUCACAGUCAACGCCAUCAUCAUCAGCAACACCUGCAGGUGUCACCCCUGGCAAAGUUCAACGACUUGCCAAUGAAUUUGCCAACAAUCCCAAUUUUCACAUAACACGAUCCCCACGAUCCAAUCGCACGAUACCAAAGUACACCAUUCCAACACCCAAAGGACAAUCAACAGAUUCAACUGGUGCUUUUGGGCUACACAAGAAGGAUUCCGCAUCAUCUGAUCACUCAGGUGGUAGCGAUAUCACAGUGAAAAUUGACGAUGUCAUUGACUAUGCAGAUGCAUAAAAAGCAAAGAAAAGAUCAUCAUUUUGGCAUGAUCGACAAUUUUUUCUUGUAUUUGCAUGUUGCUGAACAGAAAAGACUAAAUAUUUAAUUUUACGGACAUUUAGGAGAAGAAGAAGAAAAAAAGAGAAAGAUUCUAGUUAUCUUGCAUCUUCCAACACUUAUACGAUAAGAAUUUUAUACUACGUGAUAUUAAUUGUAAUAUUUGAAUUAUUGUAAAUGGUAAAUAAAAUCUAUAAUAACAACUAAUAAAUUUAUUAAAUGAAGAAUUGAAAACGA